UAAAAGCUACCUUCGCCAACCCAAAGCCUUCCCUUUUUGUCCUUAUAUAAACCAUUCUUCAACUUCCCACCUCACUGCUUCACUUGAAAACCCGGUCUUUUUUGAUCGAUGGGUAAACAAGGAAGAAUGAGAGUGGUUCCUUGUGCUCUGUUUUUAGUUGCUCUGUUUCAGUGUAGAUUCUUGGCUUUUGCAAUUUUGGACCCACUUGAUUUUUUAGCUUUACAAUCCAUUAGAAAGUCUCUCAAUGACUUACCUGGCUCCAAUUUUUUUGCUUCCUGGGAUUUCACCUCCGAUCCUUGUAACUUCGCCGGCGUUUACUGUGAAUCCAAUAAAGUGAUAGCUGUUAAUCUGGGUGAUCCUCGUGCUGGUUCGCCGGGUUUAACUGGAAGGAUAAACCCGGCCAUUGGUAAACUGUCUGCUCUCGCCGAGUUAUCUAUCGUUCCGGGUCGGAUCUAUGGGUCGUUGCCGCAGUCAAUCUCGCAAUUGAAGGACCUUCGGUUUCUUGCAAUCAGCCGGAAUUUCAUCUCUGGGGAUAUUCCGCCGACUCUUGGCCAAUUGAGAAGCCUUAAAACGCUUGAUCUUAGCUACAAUCAGCUCACCGGAGAAAUCCCUCGCUCCAUCGGAACCUUGCCGGAGCUCACCAACGUUAUUCUUUGCCACAACCACCUCUCUGGUUCGAUCCCUCCGUUUCUCUCCCAAGUCGUAACCCGGCUGGACCUCAAACACAAUGCUCUCACCGGGUCGCUCGCUCCAGACUCCCUCCCUCCUUCUCUCCAGUUCCUCUCUCUCUCCUGGAACCAGCUGACUGGGCCGGUGGACAGGCUUCUAUCCGGGCUUGACCAGUUAAACUACCUAGACUUGAGUUUGAACCAGUUCACCGGUCCCAUCCCGGGCCGGUUGUUUUCAUUUCCUAUUACAAACCUUCAGUUGGAAAGAAACUUGUUUUCUGGUCCAGUCCAACCGGCUGAUCAAGUGACAAUAUCAACCAUUGAUCUGAGCCACAACAGACUGUCAGGUCAGAUAUCACCAAUGUUCUCGACCGUACAGAAUCUUUACUUGAAUAACAACCGGUUCACUGGUCAGGUCCCGGCCAGCUUUGUGGACCGGUUAUUAUCCGCCAGCAUACAAAUACUUUAUUUGCAGCAUAACUAUUUGACCGGUAUCGAGAUUAAUCCGACGGCCGAGAUUCCUGUAAGCAGUUCUCUAUGUCUACAGUACAACUGCAUGGUACCGCCCGUACAAACGCCGUGCCCAUUGAAGGCUGGGGAACAGAAGACUAGGCCUACUGCCCAGUGUAACGAAUGGAAAGGAUAGCUCGGUAAUUUUGAGGAUCUUGUGAGGGGUACUUUUGAAAGAAAAGUUAUAAAAAAUGGGAAUUUGGAUUCAUUAAUUUUGUGGGUAAAUGGUGAAAUAAGAGAGUUUGUUGAUACAUUAGAAAUUGUAAUUUGUAAUUUUUAUUUUGUUGUUUGUUAUGACCAUAAUAUAUUAAAUUAAUACUAUUA